AUGUCGUGGAACGAUCAACAUUCUCGAAGGCGCGGGGUAUGGAGCCAUUGGGUGCCGCUCGCUGUUACCGUCACUGUCGCGACGGUCGGCCUUGCAGCUUGGGUCUGGAGCCAGCGCAAGGAUGAAGACGAGACUCCCGAGACCGACCCCCUCGCCGACCUCGACUACAAUACUGCCGACUACGGCGAGAACGCAGCCUACGGAUCGUCUAGAGGCCCCAAGCCACCACCUAGCAACGUUGGAACGGAGACUUACGGCACCGCUGAUAUUUCCCGAGAUGGCGGCGCGGACGGCGGUGCGGAAACCUGGGGAGCGCGCAUGUCGGGCGCAUUGAGGCGCACUCCCAGUCCUCAGCAGUUCUUCGAGUCUGCCGGCAAGACGGUGACGGCGGGCGUUGCCGCGGCCGGCGCAGUUGCAGGUCGAGCACUGGCGGCCAUCCGGGAGGAGGACAAGAACGCGUAUGCCGACCACGAGACCUGGUCCGAGGAAGCAGACGCGCGCAAGGAGCGUUCUUCAGCACCGCGAGACCCGAACAAGCGCAGGAAGACGGUAGCCAUUGUCGUUUCCGCUGACAGCCAUGGCGACGAUUUCGACGAUGAUGGAUUCCACGAGCAUGCCUCCAUUCUGUCGCACAUCCCGCGCUACACUGAUUUCUCCAGCAUCAAGCUCUUUGUCUUGAUCUACGCCCCUGGUCUUAAGGAGACUGCGGGUGAAUCUACGAGUAACCGACCGCCACCUUCGCUGAGCUCGUCCUUCUCUAACAUUGAGCACCACCAAGCCCAAACUCCCAGUGAUGAGCCGGCCAAGAGCCCCCUCAUGAACGCGUCGUCCGCGAACCCCGUGUUCAACGCCAUCUACUCUCAGGCGUUGGCAUUGGUCGAGAAGGAGACUAUGGUCUUACCAUUCACUACAGCCAAUGGCCACACCCACAUCUUGCGUCACCUGCAGCCUGAGAUUGUAUAUCUCCAGGAAUCCUUGGCCGGAGACAACGGCAACAUGGUCUCCAACCUGCAGACGUGGUUGCGACACGACAUCAUCUUGGUUGUGGGUGCGGACAACGGUCACGGUGGGCUCGCCGACAGCGAAUCGGAAGCAGAGAGACCGGAGGAGAAGUGGUGGCAGCGUCCAGACCGGGUUGGCCGGGGCCGGGGCGUCGUGGUUGUUGACGGAAUGCGGGUCCACGAUGACUGGGCCCGCCGUGUCCAGGGACGGGAGUAA